CCCGCUGAUCGAGAUUUUUUUUCUACUGUUGUCUUUGGGGUUCGGUAGAAUCUUUAGAAUAGGUCCAAGCAGUCUGUACACCGCAGACAAAAGAGUUACAUUUUGGAACCUCGGCGUCCCAGCCCUGCAGACACUGGGGACAGAUCAAGCUGUGAUGAAGUCUUAUAAGGUUCCCCAUUGGAGCUGACAUUUAAAGUCUGCAUCAAAGCUGCAUUUACAAAAACAAAACUGGGUGAAAGACUCCACCAUACACACACACACACACUGCAGAAACCGCCGGGUUCUGGAACUAAGUUUAACACCAAUCUGUUACCAUGGCCAGCAGAAGAAAGUCAACUAUUCCAUGUAUGGUCCGUGCUACUGAAAUGGUGGAACAGGAUGACCCAGAUGAGAUGGAGGUCAUUGGAGACACCAUGGUGGAAAACGGGUCUCCGAAGCCGUUGUCUAAUGAUGACUGGACUACAGGAAAUGGGGUCCAAAGUAAGCAGAAGGAUGUAGAGCAGGACAAGCCAGCAACAGACACACCACAGCCACGAAAGCCACAAGGAGGCUAUGAAUGUAAGUAUUGCCCUUACUCCACGCAGAACUUGAACGAAUUCACUGAACAUGUGGACUCGAACCAUCCCAACGUCAUUCUCAACCCUCUGUACGUGUGUGCAGUGUGCAACUUCAACACAAAAAAAUAUGACACAUUGUCGGAACAUAAUAUGAAAUGUCAUCCCGGGGAGAGCAAUUUCAAGCUGAAGUUGAUCAAACGAAACAGCCAGACAAUUUUGGAGCAGACCAUUGAAGGAGCCAACAGUACUGCUGGUAAGAUCAGUGGUGAGAACAUUACUCCUGUGAUCUCUGUGAAUAAAACGCCCAUGAUGAAAAUAGGGAAGCCAGACAUGGACACCAAACGUUUACCCAGGAAGGGAGACGACCUACAGAAUCUGUCAGAGAACCUCAGUCUAGAAAUGUUCACAGAUCCUAUUCCUACUAUAAAUGUCAAUGGAACCAUUAUAAUCCCUAACACUUCAGUUCCAGAAGGGUUGACACACGUUAUGCCAUCUUUACAGCGGCCCCCCAAUUACAACUUGGUGCCCAAAAUUGCUGUCCCCCUGAACACUACUAAAUACAAUCCGUCAUUGGACAUUAACAUGACCCUCAUUAAUUCAUUCAAUAAGUUUCCCUACCCAACACAGGCAGAGCUGUCCUGGCUGACAGCAGCCUCAAAACACCCUGAGGAGCAAAUUAGGGUUUGGUUUAUUGCCCAGCGACUAAAGCGUGGCAUCAGCUGGUCUCCCGAGGAGGUGGAAGAGGCCAGGAAGAAAAUGUUUAAUGGUACCAUCCAGCCCGUGACACAAACCUUAACAGUCUUACCUGCGCAACUAGCCAGGAACAGUAAAGUCACGCAACCCCUUUUAAGGACUCUUCCCUGCCAGAUCUUAGGACAGACCAGUUUGGUAUUGACCCAGGUCACCAAUGGAUCAACCAUGACUUACUCCCCCAUCACAAUGACCAUGUCUGACCAAGUGCAGCCCCUCAAGCGGCCCUUGCCAGCUCCAGUGGUGACCCCUGAAGCAAAGCGAGCAAGUGUCGGCCAUGUGGUUCAGUCACACCUAAGUCCUGCUACACCCAUCAUUUCUCCUAUGGAUCGCAAGAAGACCCGGGAGCAGAUCUCAGAGCUCAAGGCCAGCUUCCUCAAGAGCCAGUUUCCAGAAGACAAAGAGGUCUACAGGCUAAUUGAGGCCACAGGCCUGUCGAGGGGGGAGAUCAAGAAGUGGUUUAGCGACCACCGCUAUCGGACUCAAAGGGGCAUUGUAAACAUCACCACCGAAUCUGUAGCCAAAGACAUGGCACAAAGGUCCAGUCGACCUCAGAGCCCUUGCAUUCACACAACACAGCAGAAGUUCAAAGGGAAUACCCUGGAGCAACUAAAGGUCCUGGAGGCCAACUUCCAGAAAACCAGCAUCCCAACACAGGCGGAGGUCGACCGUCUGAUGGUAGACACCAGCCUGUCCAGAAACGAGAUUGACAACUGGUUUUUGGAGAGGCGAAUAGUACGAGACAACAUGGAGCAAGCCCUGUUGAACUCCAUGGAUUCACAUAAAAAAGAGGACCAGCAACAGCCGGGGGCACUGAACGGUACACACAGGCAAGGGGACCAGGUGAGGUCAUCUCCACUACCCACUGUUGCCUCAAUCCCCUUAGAACAAAAAACACUGGAUCUUCUUAAAGGUGUGUUUGCACAGACUCUGUGGCCUUCUCCCGAGGAGUAUGAUCAAUUGGCGCUUAAGACGGGGAUGGCCCGCACAGAAAUCGUCCGGUGGUUCAUGGAAAACCGGUCCGCUCUUAAGAGAGGGAGCUUGCAGUGGAUGGAGCAGUACCAGAAACUGAACGGGGAGGGCCGUAAUGGACAGAGCCAGACCACCCUAGGUUCCAAAAGUGACCAUACUGUCCUCCAGCAGCACUACCAGGAGUUUAAGGAGUUGCGGGAGGAUGACCUGGAAAAGUUGGUGGAGGGGUCCAAACUGAGUUAUCAGGAGAUAAGGGACUGGUUUGCCAACAAACAGGGAGAGGACAAGUUUGACAGAGCAGGGAGCGUUGGCCAAGGCAGGCAGUCAAGUGAGGAGCAGGGGGACUGGGUGGAGGUGACAGUCGGGGUGGACGAAGAUGAGGACCAUGCUUCUGACUGCACCGAAUCUGGGUAUGAAAUGGUUGAAGACGACUCGGAAGGCAUGACAGGAUAAACAGUUGCAAGAAGGAGAUUGAAUGCUAACUGCUGUCAAUUGUACAGAACAUCUUCUAUUUGAAGAGGACAAAGAUAAAAAUGGUAUAUUUUCGUAUUUGGAACCAAUGAUUACAUAUGACCCACAAUGUUGGAGACGCAAUGAACUGCAAAUCUGUGGUAGCCACGUUGACUUGGAACUAACUAGAGUGCCAAAGCUGUACUUCUGUGUUACAACAAAAGAAAUGUCCUUGUAAAUAUUGUUUUCUGUACUGCCACAGAUUUGUACAAUUUUGAGACAUUUUGUUACAUUUAUACAGUAAUUGGUGCAAGUUGUUGUUUUUGUUUUAAUUUCCAUUUUGUUCUGGUUGAUCAUUUUAGUGGUUUGUUCUCCAUUUUAUAGUAACCACUAUUGGUUUUAGUGGUAUUCUAUUCUGUUCUAUUUUAAUAUAAUAAAAUUGAACUUUUGGUUCAGUUAAGUGCAUAAAGGGCUUUAAAUAACAAUAAUGGCUGACAUUCCAGCCCAACAGAUUUUAAAGAGUUUAGCAUUUGGAUGCUGUAUGGUCUAGGGAUGGGCAUUUCUGUAUAUUUGAAUAAUCUAAUACACAUACUUUACUAAAUGAUUACACUAUAAUACUUUACAUCAGUGUGCCUCUGGCUAAAAAGAAUGCUUAAAUAAUACCAAAAUGUACAUAAUACGUAAAACAGUAAGUAGCUAUUUUUAUUACUAGGACGUGUAAUACAAGUACAGUAUGCAUAAAGCCCAAUUUAUGCAUAAUUGCCAAACAGCAAUUAAAGGCAACAUAAUAUACAGGUGACAAUUAAUCAAUAAAUGAUGUCUUCAUUGGACAUCUAUACUUAAAUUUUUUUUUUUACAUUAAGUACCACAUCAUAGUCUAUCCAGUACAUACCUCGCAGUCCUGUUAUAUGCUCAUGAAGCUUAUAAAUAAUGUAGUACAGGGUAGACGUUCAAUCAUUGAGUGCAGCUAAUUAUUUAACCCUGUUCUUAAACAGUGCUGAUAGUCAGUGUGUCUUUAGUGAUCAUGUCAAACGUUAGGUUCGUUAUUUGUUCCUUUUUUUAUUGCACUGGUCUCUUGUAUUAAUUGUAUUAUUUUGUAGUCUCUUGUAUUAAUUAAAUAGAAUAAUUAAAUAUAGUUUUAAUAUGUGCAAUGGUGCAUUUCUACCGCCUCCGUUACCCAUAGCUACAGUAUUGGUAUUUUCCUUCAUUUUUAAGAACACUUGUUUUUUGUAUUUGUCAGGAGCUUGAGUAAUCAUAGAAAGAAAUAAUAAUGUAUUUAAUAUUUAUUUAUUUAUUUAUACAUUGGACUGCAGCGGCAGGCUUAGCGUGGUUAUUGGGUCUGUUCAGACUAUUUACAUGUGUUGCAGUACAAAUAGAUUAGUCAUUUUUUAAACGAUGACCAUUUUCUAAUCGAUUAUUCGAAUAAAUGAUUACACAUGCCCAUCCCUAGUAUGGGCCCUAUAGGGAGUAUUUACUCUUGUGAGGAGCACUUACUUGAGAUUCAAGAACAGUAAAAGUGGUGGCCGCUGUUAAGCUGGACCAGGGAGCAGUGUUGUAGUAAAUGGUUAUUGUAAUAAAUGGAAGAAACACAAGAGGGAUGCAGUUAACCCGGGUUUUAACAAUCUGCAGUUUAUCCCCAUUUCUCUUUUGCAUCUUGUUUCACAGUGUAACAGACACAUGAUAGCGGUAUGUUUGUUAUUACAUGUUAGCCUUGUAGGAGAUCCUAGUUAGUGUGCUUUAUACUGCAGAAAUAGACCAUACUUCCAGAUUCUUCUUUCUGUUUGUGUGUACAGCUUCUUCAAUAGUGUUUAUACUGCAAUACUAUACUGCUAUGGAGAUCAUGAUAAAGAUUUUUUGUUAACCAUUUGCCCAUCUGCUGUAACCCAAUAAACAAAAACUAUUCCACUUUAAA